CCCUCCCUGAUAACAAAUUUCACUCGGCCAAGCCACAACUCGGCCGUCCCAGAGCUCGAGCGCUGAUUUAUCAUACGCCAAUCACAUAACUUCGAUUUCCUUGACCCAAGCGGUGGGACCGAUAACCACCCGCUCACUAGGCGUUGUCGAGUGUCCCAAGGACAAGGUUCUAGAUGUGGACGACACAUUGAUAAAUAUUCUUAAACAUGGCAAGAAGCGAGCAUGAUGCCUUGCACAAGUCCAACUUCUCUCUCACAGACACAAGAUGCGGUUGUCAAUGCCCCAGAUCGAUACGAAGGCCAUCUUGGCUGAUGCCAAAGCGAAAGCCACCAGUGUGAAGGCUUGGGAGUUGCCAAAAGUCGAAUCGAGUGUGGCACCGCCCGAUGUGUGGUCCAAUAUCGAUCAAGACCCUGUGCCCCCGGAAAGACGAACAUGGAGCGGCUGGUCAUUCCUUGGAUACUGGUUCAGCGAUCUCGCCGACGUGAACGGCUGGCUUGCAGGAUCUUCAGUACUCGCCGUAGGUCUGACAUGGAGGGAAUGCAUACCCCUGGUGCUCGUCGGUGGUCUUUGUAACUCUAUCCCAAUGGCGUUCAACGGAACAAUGGGCGCCAGACUUCGAGUAUCGUUCCCAGUUGCUGUGCGUGCCAGCUUUGGCUAUUGGUUCAGCUAUUUCUGCGUGGUUUCGAGAUUGAUUUUGUGUCUCUUCUGGUUUGGUGUCAAUUGCACCAAUGGAGGUUUAUGCGUUACACAGAUGUUAACCGCUAUCUGGCCGUCGUAUGCGAACAUUCCAAACCACGUACCCGAAUCGGUGGGUAUGACGACGCAAGGUUUCUGCUCCUAUUUCCUGUUCUUCGUCCUCAUCUUCCCACUGCUGUUCAUACCAGUCCACAAACUCGGGCCUCUACUCUUCUUCAAGGCUGUGACGGUUGCUCCGAUGGCACUGACCAUGGUCAUCUACCUUACGGCCAAGGCAGGCAGUGCAGGGCCUCUCUUCGACGCCAAAUCCACAUUGCACGGUAGCGAAAAAGUCUGGACAUGUUUCUCGGUGUUAAUGAGUAUCAUCGGAGGAUACACCACUCUGACGGUCAACAUCUCCGACUUUUCUCGCUUCGCAAAGACCCCUUCGGCCGUAUACACCCAAAUACCGUCGAUCCCAAUCCUGAAGUUGCUGACCUACAUGUUUGGCAUCAUCGGCACAUCCGCAGCUCAAGUCGUAUACGGAACUCAGAUCUGGAACCCCCUGGAGAUUGUGGCUCAGUGGCAGGGGUCUCCUGGAGGUCGAGCGGCGGCAUUCUUCUGCAGCUUGAUCUGGCUAUUUUCCGUGCUGACAGUCAAUCUCACCGGAAACGCCAUUUGCGCCUCGCACGACUUUGUCACGCUGUUCCCCAAAUAUCUCAACAUCAGGAGAGGAUCGAUCCUGGCCGCGACCCUCGGAGCUUGGGCUUUUGCACCGUGGAAGAUUUUGGCGUCGGCCAUCACAUUCCUCAACUUCAUGGCCGCCUAUGUCAUCUUCCUGGCGCCGAUGGCGGGCAUUAUGAUCUGCGAUUACUGGUUCGUCAAGCGCUGCAAAAUUGACGUCCCCCAACUCUACGACCCCCGCGGCAUUUACAGGUACUGGAAGGGCGUCAAUUGGCGUGCUGCGGUCGUCAUGGUGGUCGCCGUGGCGCCCGUUCUUCCCGGCAUGAUUCACGCCAUCAACAACAACAUCCUCAUCGGGACAGGACUGACGCAUCUGUACAACAUCAACUGGAUCUACGGCACGUCCGUGAGCGUCUCCCUCUAUUGGGCCUUCAACGCCAUCAAGCCAGACCGCGCGACUCUGAUACCACGUGUCGUCGAAGCCGAAGAAUAUUUAACGGUCCACGGGGAGCUGGGUCCGACAGAGGUAUCAAGCAUUCAGAAAGAGGCCGAGGUUGGUGAUAAAGAAGUUUAGCUUAUGUACGAGCGUCAUAAGUUGGGACAUCAUCUAGUGCUAUACUUUCUACCUUUAC